GCCGUCUCUCCGGAGUCCCGGGGCUCCGGUCGGUGGCGGAGGGACGCGACACCGGCGACGGGAACCGACGAAAGGUGUUGCCAUGGUGAUGGCUGUGGAAGACAGCGUGGUCCGGGUGGUCGUGCGGGUGAGGCCUCCCACCCCUAGGGAGCUGGAAAGUCAGCGGCGGCCUGUGAUUCAGGUGGUAGAUGAGCGGAUGCUGGUGUUUGACCCCGAGGAGUGUGACGGGGGAUUUCCUGGCCUAAAAUGGAGUGGCUCUCACAAUGGCCCCAAGAAGAAGGGCAAAGACCUGACAUUUGUCUUUGACCGGGUCUUUGGGGAGGUGGCCACACAACAGGAUGUGUUCCAGCACACUACACACAGCAUCCUUGACAGCUUCCUCCAGGGCUACAACUGUUCGGUGUUUGCCUACGGAGCCACCGGGGCCGGCAAGACACACACUAUGCUGGGAAGGGAGGGGGAGCCUGGCAUCAUGUAUCUGACCACCAUGGAACUAUACAGGCGUCUGGAAGCCCUCCGGGAAGAAAAACAAUUUGAGGUGCUCAUCAGCUACCUGGAGGUGUAUAAUGAACAGAUCCAUGACCUCCUGGAACCCAAAGGACCACUCACCAUCCGUGAGGACCCAGAUAAGGGUGUUGUGGUGCCAGGACUUUCUUUCCACCAGCCAACCUCAGCCGAGCAGCUACUGGAAAUGCUGACCAGAGGCAACUGCAGCCGCACACAGCACCCCACGGAUGCCAACGCCACAUCUUCCCGCUCUCAUGCCAUCUUCCAGAUCUUUGUGAAGCAGCGGGACCGAGUUCCAGGACUGACUCAGGCCCUUCAGGUAGCCAAGAUGAGCCUGAUUGACCUGGCUGGCUCAGAGCGGGCAUCUAGCACCCAUGCCAAAGGAGAGCGGCUACGGGAGGGUGCCAACAUCAACCGGUCUCUGUUAGCACUCAUCAAUGUCCUCAAUGCCCUGGCCGAUGCAAAGGGCCGCAAGUCUCACGUGCCCUACCGAGACAGCAAGCUGACCCGCCUGCUCAAGGACUCCAUUGGGGGCAACUGCCGCACUGUGAUGAUUGCUGCCAUCAGCCCUUCCAGCCUCACCUAUGAAGAUACUUACAACACCCUCAAGUAUGCUGACCGUGCCAAGGAGAUCAGACUCACGCUGAAGAGCAACGUGAUCAGCCUGGACCAGCACAUCAGCCAGUACGCUGUCAUCUGCCAGCAGCUCCAGGCCGAGGUGACAGCCCUGAGGGAGAAACUCCAGGCAUAUGAGACAGGUGCCCAGGCCUUGCAACAGCGUUCCGUACAGCCGCCCAAGUUGAGCCUUUCUAGCUCCCCAUUACAGCCUGGGCACUCCAGCCAGUCCUACACCCCAGAACUCCAAGCAAAGUGUGGAACGCUUCAAGAGGAGAGCCUGGGGACAGAGGCCCAGGGACAGGGGUGUGUGGAAGAAAAUGCUUCAGAACAGGAGCAGUGCCCACAGGGCAAGCAGUUUCCAACCCAGCUGCCAGAGCCGAGCCUGCCAGAGCCCCCUAGUCCAAUUUUGCAGCCAAAGCCAGCCAUGAGCCAACACUCACCACAGAAACUGGAUGGGGACCACUUUAAGCAGUUGGCCCUCCGGGUGCUGUGCCUGGCCCAGCGGCAAUACUCCCUGCUGCAGGCAGCCAACCUCCUGAGCCCUGAUGUGAUCUCAGAAUUUGAGACCCUGCAGCAGUUGGUGCAUGAGGAAAGCACUGAACAUGUGGCUGAAAACCCCAGGUCCCCUGGUCUGGCCAGGGGGGAACCUCUAGCCCAGGAGCUAUGUUCAGACUCUAAGUCUUCAGGAUACUGUGGUCCUGUGACCCGGACCAUGGCAAAGCAACUGAAUGGCCUCACACACACUCUGGGGAUCCCGCUCGCACCUGACUGUGCCUCAGAUAAGAUGGGCCAAAAGCCCAUCGAGAAGAAGAAGAAAAAAAGGAAACUGAACCCCACAGAGCCAGGCAGCCCGGCAGCCCCAAAUCAGGAGACUAAGCGUCAGCGCCAGUCCUUCCUUCCCUUCCUGAGGAGGGGCUCUCUACCUAAGGCCCAGCCUUGCUCCGAGCCCAGAACUCCCAAAGGAGAAAAGGCCUCUUCUCCCUCCCCUUCCUCCCGAGUCUGCCCAGCUACAGUCAUUAAAAGCCGGGCACCCCUGGGCACUUCUGCCUUACAGAACUGCUCUACUCCUCUGGCCCUACCUGCCCGUGAUCUCAACGCCACCUUCAAUGUCUUGGAGGAGUCCCCCUCUAAACCCAGCUUCCAUGAACUUAUUGGCUGUAAGAAAGUUCUCCCAGAGCUGAGUAGCACAGACCAGCCCUCUGUCCCCAGCGCACCUGUCCUAUUCACCACGAAGGGCCCCAAGCCUUCUCUUCCUGCAGCCAAGGCUGACAAGAAGAGGCACGCUGUAAGGUCCUCAGUCUCCCGAGGCCGCAGCUGCAUUGCCCGCCUCCCCAGUAGCGUCUUGAAGAAGCCCGACAGACCCUUCACAGUCCCAGAACCACCCUUGAGUCCGCACUGCCUUAGUGACCAGAGGACUCAUAAGGGACUGACUGGAAUGACAGAGUGCUGUUAACUGACCAUGAGCGACCCCUGGCCUCCAUGCUUGUCCUGAUCCGCCAACACCUCUAGGCUGACAGCCUUCUCUGGUGUCUGGAGCUGCCAACACCAAGAGCCCCUGACCUGUCUUUCUCACUUUGGAACAAUUAACACCAACAUGCCUUUCCUGUAUUAACGCCCCUCCCCACCCACUCACCAGCCAUUUGCCUUCUUUCUUAAUCUCUGUCACACUCAGCUUCUUGGUAUGUGUGUAUUUGUUUGCGAGUGUUAAACAUAUGGUUAUAUUAAAGGACCCUUUCGGGCUUUCUCAUAUCAAAGCCUUC